ACAUAACGCCAGACAGUGUAAAGCAACAACAACAGCAGACAUCACCACCAACAUUGUAUUAUUCCAGACACCGGAUCCACGAUCAAGAAAACAUGUAACAACGCAGCGGACUGAUGAAGAUGACGUUUAGGACCCAAGCUGGAUUCUGAAAGCUCGAGCCAUCCAAACCCCAACCUGACGCGAUGAAGUCCUCCAUUAUUCCACCGUCUGAACCACCGCCAGUGGAGUCUGAGUUGAAAGUAAGACCAGUACCUCUUCCAAGGUUGAAAAAACCCAACAACAUCUAUGAAACCAGAUAUGACGUGCCUGCUGUCAGGACACAGCCGACUGCUCCACCCAGACCUCCAGCUCCCAACUUUUAUUACAACCAGAAAUCCAAGAUUAUAGAUAACCCUCAUCACUCUGGAGCCACACUCAGGCAAAUGUCCUUACCAGCCAUCCAUUCUGAAACUGACGGACCUGCAAAACAGCCUCACAUUUUUCGACCAAGACUGUCUCUCUCAGAAGGGGCUUCUUUGAACACGAGGGCGUUACCGGCUAGACCACGCCCGCAGAUUUAUGGUACGCUGCCGCGCCCAUCCAGAACGCCACAAGUGGAGCCGCUGUACAUGGAAAUAGAGGACGCUCAGUACCUGGUCAUUCUACCACCAGAAGAUGAUGUCACAGUGAGAAAACCGGCACAGGUGACAUCACCAACUUCGAAAGGAGUGUACAACCAAAUAGACUCUUGUGAACAAUAUUAUGAAAUCAUAGAAGAGAAAGAGGAUGUCCAGGAAAUACAGGAACUGUUGAAAUGGAUGAGACAAGAGUCAAAGGCUGCUCACAAGAACCCAUCAGUGUUUGGACUCGAUAUUAAGCAGGAAAUAAGGUCAUUCAAUCAGAGAGCCAUGACUAUAAGGCGAGCGCUUCAUCUCUACGAUGUUCUAAUGAAACGACGAAGUCGAAGUCUCUGGUACUAUGUUACCGAGUUCAGAUCCAUCUCGCAACUCUUGGACAAAGAUGAGAAGAAGAUGAAAAAUUUGGGCAUUGCCGGAGGCACCACGGGGGCAGUGGGCGGAGUAGCUGCAGUGGUGGGCAUCGCCUUGGCGCCCGUUACCAUGGGAGUCUCGCUGGUCGCCACGGCUGUCGGCGUCGGAAUGGUGGGGGCGGCCGGUGGCAUCGGCGUCCAUGCCGCUACACCCAACAAGGAGAUUAACGAUCAAGAAAAAAUUGAGAAGCUGGCCUGCGAUUAUGCGAUGAGCGUCACCGAUAUAGAACGCUGCCUGGGUUUGAUCCUUUUUGAAGUGAACGAGCUGCAAAGGCACGACCUGGGGAGGUUGGAGCACGCCGAAGGAGUGCUGCCUGCCGCACUGACGCUGGCCCACAGGUCACAGGCGGUGACGAAUAACAUCCACAACGGGAGAAUUUCUUCUUACGCAAGUACAAUGCCUUCUGAGAGGCUGCUGCAUGCCUUUGCUGCAGAGAUGGACCAGUAUUAUAAAGACAAGGGCGGACAUAAAAAGCUGAGGAAGUCCAACAAGAGCAGACUUUCUGGCAGAGUUCAACUGCUGGUUCGAAACCUGCAGGAGGAGCUGGAUUAUCUCAAUGAUAUGUGGAAAUGCUUUAAUCAAUCAAUUAAUCAAAGUUGAUUUAAAUAGCCCUAAAUCACAAGCGUCUCAAAGGGCUGCAGUCAGAUCAUACAUCAGGGCAAGAAAAAACUCAACCCAAUAGGAUACAAUGAGAAACCUUGGAGGGAACCGCAGAUGUGGGGUAUCCCCAAUCCCACCCCUCCCACCCCGGCAACUGAUGCAAUGGACAUCGAGUGGAUCUAGUUAAUAGUGUGAGAGUCCAGUCCAUAGUGGGGCCAGCAGGGGAUCAUCUUGAGUCUGCAGCGCGGAGACGUCAUCAACUGAUGCACAGAUGAGUAGUCAUACUUUCCAACCCUCCCGGAUUUUCCGAGAGACUCCCGAAAUUCAGCAACUCUCCCGAAAACCUCCCUGGACAAAUUUUCUCCCGAAAAUCUCCCAAAAUUCAGGCAGAGCUGGAGCCCACGCCCCCUCCAGCUCCAUGCAGACCUGAGUGACGUGUCGACAGCCUGUUUUCACAUCCGCUUUCCCACAAUAUAAACAACGUGCCUGCACAAUGACGUUAUAACUGUAGAAUGAUGGAGGGCGAGUUCUUGGUUUCUUUUGUGGGUUUAUUGUUAGGCAGUUUCAGUAACGUCCUCCCUGCACGGUAACAACACACAAAACAGCAGUCAUGUUUUCGUCUACUGUAAAGCAGUUCGUCUGCCGUAAACAGCAAUGUUGUGACACUCUUAAACAGGACAAUACCGCCAUCUACUGUACAUGCAUAUGUGACAAUAACAUCUACGGCUUUUAGAGAGUGCAGUGCACAACUGCGCACACAACAAGGAGACGAAGCAGAAGAACGAGGAAGAUACAGCCAUGGCGACGCCGACGACGAGUAAGAUGAAGAAAUACGCUUGUAAGUUCCAAGCCACAGCUACGAUUGGACCUGGAAAGCCUCUGGGAAGAAGUAGUGGACUACCAAGUGCUUGGCAGGGAAGAUCUUCCUCAGGAAGCAAAGAUUGACCGGUUUUGGGCCAUGCUAGGGAGAGAUGGAAAAUUCCAGAUUCUAGUGCAUUUGAUGAAAGCACUUUUGUGCGUGCCACACAGCAAUGCAUCAUCAGAGAGGGAGUUCAACAUGGUUAUAAAAAUAGUGACAGAGAAUAGAACAAGGAUGGACAAUUCAACCCUUAACUCAACAAUGAGUAGAUGAGUGUUAUGUGUGUGUAUAUGUGUAAAUAAAUGAACACUGAAAUUUAA